UAAACCUGUCCCAACGGGUGCAUGCUGCGUUGAAAACACUAGGGUCCUUUCAUUCUGUCCGAUACUGUACGAUGGAAAGUAUGUCCAUCGUAUAAACCAAAAUUUGUGCGUUACGAGCAUCCAACCUAAUGAGCGUAUUCCGGCAGCGCACGCAACAAUUAUGUCCAUGGCACUCGGAGGGCAAUGGCAUACUUGGGGAAUCCAAACUCCCUGCAACUGUGUCACGCAAAAGCACAGCUGAAGCCAACGGUUGCUGUCGCCCGACAAUACCAGUCGGUUCUGGUUGUGCAGCAGACACCGUCGGCUCGUUCUCGUUAAAACAAGCCGAUGUGUUUUGCAAUUGUGAAUCAGCCGCAUCAACACUCAUAUCAUCUGACACGAGUGAGUCGAGCAGCUGUGCCACAACUGCAUCAUCACCACCGGAAGCCGCCGCUUGCAACGACGAAUGGGCAGUUGAGCUCGGCUGCAGCUCCCCGAUGCGCCGAGCGAUUCCGGGCGGUCGAGCCGCAACAGCAACACGACCACCAGCAGCCGCUUGCACCGUUGAACGUGCAGCCGAACUCGGCUGUUGUCCGUCGUUGCGUCGAGCGAUACCGGGUGGCCGUGUCACACUAGCAACUCCACCACCGGAAGCCGCUUGCAACGACGAAUGGACAGCUGAACUCGGCUGUUGUCCUUCGAUGAGUCGAACGGUACCGUGUGGCCGUGUCACAACAGCAACACCACCACCGGAAGCCGCUUGCACCGUUGAACAUCUAGCUGAGUUCGGCUGUAGUCCGUCGUUGCGCCGAGCGAUACCGGGUGGCUGUGUCACACUAGCAACACCACCACCAGAAACCGCUUGCACCGUUGAACGUGCAGCUGAACUCGGCUGUUGUCCGUCGUUGCGCCGAGCGAUUCCGGGCGGCCGUGCCCCAACAGCAACGCCACCACCGGAAGCCGCUUGCAACGACGAAUGGACAGCUGAACUCGGCUGUUGUCCGUCGAUGCGUCGAACGGUUCUGGGCGGCCGUGCACCAACAACAACACUUCCACCGGCAGCCGCUUGCAACGACGAAUAGGCAGCUGAACUCGGCUGCAGAUAACCGAUGUGUCGAGCGAUUCCGGGCGGCCGUGCCCCAACAGCAACGCCACCACCAGAAGCCGCUUGCACCGUUGAACGUGCAGCUGAACUCGGCUGUUGUCCGUCGAUGCGUCGAACGGUACCGGGCGGCCGCAUCACAGUAGCAACACGACCACCAGCAGCCGCUUGCACCGUUGAACGUGCAGCUGAACUCGGCUGUUGUCCGUCGAUGCGUCGAACUGUACCGGGCGGCCGUGCACCAACAACAACACUUCCACCGGCAGCCGCUUGCAACGACGAAUAGGCAGCUGAACUCGGCUGCAGAUCACCGAUGUGUCGAGCGAUUCCGGGCGGCCGUGCCCCAACAGCAACGCCACCACCAGAAGCCGCUUGCACCGUUGAACGUGCAGCUGAACUCGGCUGUUGUCCGUCGAUGCGUCGAACGGUACCGGGCGGCCGCAUCACAGUAGCAACACGACCACCAGCAGCCGCUUGCACCGUUGAACGUGCAGCCGAACUCGGCUGUUGUCCGUCGUUGCGUCGAGCGAUACCGGGUGGCCAUGUCACAGUAGCGACGCCACCACCAGAAACCGCUUGCAUCGGAGAAUAUACAACUGAACUCGGCUGCUGGUCCCCAAUGCGUCGAACAGUUCCGGACGGCAGUGUCACAACAGUAACACCACCACCAGCAGCUACUUGCAACGGCGAAUAUGCUACUGAAGUCGGUUGCUGCUCACCAAGGCGUCGGACGAUUUCAAACGGCAGUGUCACAACCGUAUCACAACCACCAGCAGUCGCUUGCACCGUUGGACUUGCAGCCGUACUCGGCUGUUGUCCAUCGUUGCGUUGCUCUGUUCCGGUUGGCCGUGUCACAAGAGCAACACUACCACCGAAUGCAGCCGACACCGUUGAUGAAGCAGAUGCCGUGGCUAGUUGUCCCUCUUCAAAACGCGUAACUGCUCGCACAUCUAUACAAGCCGGGAUCCGGCCUAAACAAAACAACAGUUCAUCCCGGUCUCCUUCAACUAGACGCGCUUCGUUCCCCGGUGAAGACAUGAUGUUUUUGCUGCACAUAAACACAAAAAGUAAUACCCUGUAAACUGUAACAUAUAUCGAUUUAUAACACUGUCCUAAUGCUGUUGUAAACGUUUUGAAGCAGGUUUUGUGAAUGAUGCGCUGUCAGCCUAAUAAAAAAUGGAUGUGUAAAAAUGACACGCACACUAUUACCUUAGCAUGCGGCUCGAAAGAACACGAACACAUUGACAACUGCA